CUCAAUGAAUCACCAGUGACGCGUCAAUUUGUCAGUCAGUCAAGCCAUCUACUUCACGACUAGUACUAUAUUUGUCAUCUUCAUCAAGUUUCAAAUGUGCUUGUUCUACUAACUGCGUGCUAUGUACUCAACAAGGUCAUUAGAGAUAGUAGAGGACUGCUUUUUUUUCGAAAGUAAAACAAUGGUGAACGUGACGCUAACGGUUUGCUGUAGUAAGUGCGGACAGCUGGAUAAGCUGACGAUGAACGCGUGGACUGCUGCAUCUAAUUUUCUUCAGGGGCGUUGCCAUGAGGUAGUAGCUCUAGUAUUAUGAUAACCUGAUACUAAGUUAGUUGUACUAUUGAGCCAAGAAGUAAACGAAAACAAAAACCAAGAUCACUACAACAGCUUCUACAACAUUAUCGCCAAAGCCUCCUUCCCUCCUACAGAUUUUUAUACCCUUUGAAAAUCUAACAGGCCCUUCCAGAUUCGCAUAGCAAGCUCAGAGGGCUUUUGAGUGCGAGAAGUAACGGCUUCAACAGCUAUUCGAGAACGCUGUGCUGCGAACUUGCUGACGUGGAAUACGAUAAGUUAUGUGCGAAGAUAAAGCUGAGGCUGAUGUAGAAUAUGUAUAGGAUAAGUUAUGUGCGAAGAUAAAGCUGAGGCUGAUGUAGAAUAUGUAUAUGAUAAGUUAUGUGUGAAGAUCAACAUUUUUAAGCUGAGGACGUGGAGCACGCUUACGGUAUGUUAUGUGCUAUGAAAGUCAACACUUCAUCUUUGACGUGGCUACGACAAUGACUACGACUACAUACUUAUCUCUAUCUAUUAUGAGCAUGAUUCUUCAGCGAUCUUAUAGCUACAUUGUCGCGGAUAUGAGUCAAAUUGUUCACUUUCUUCGAUCUUAGGGGGCAAGCUCCAAGGCUAUACCUAUGAUUCUUAAGAAUCCAUUUGCUCCUCCUUAUUCCUUCUUCUUCUUGAGAUCCUAGCGCCUUCUUGUAUCUUUCUAUCAAUCUAGGUAGCCUUUUUGAUCAUCUUGUUGUCCUUGUCCUUGUCCUACCGCUUAGGACUUCUACAACCUGUUGCGCCUUAAUGAAUUGGUCUAAUAAAAAAAGCACCUAGUACUGCUUUGUGCACCUACUCACCUUGCGCCUACCGUUACCUACAACUAGCUUCUUUUACCAUCUACCUCUUUCUAGUCGUGCUAGGCAAAUUAAUUCCUUCCCUCUCCUUCUUCUAAAAGAAGCAACAGCAGAAUGCGAAGGUGUGAUUGCUGUUAGUCUGGAAGGCCUAGAGGGUCUGGAAGCUCUCGGAGAUGCGAAGAGUGGCCUCGACAACUUCACGAAAAACGUUUUCGGGUUGUGGUCGUGA